AUGGAUGUGGGGCAGGCGACAUCCACGAGCGGGCUGAAGACAGUGGCCGCCAAGGAGCUGGACGGCUGGAUUGCAGCGACCCUGGAGCCCAGCACGGCUUUCUGCAGGCACGUGAAGCAGACGGUGAAGCAGAUCUGCGACUUCCUGAAGGAGGACUGCUUUGAGACCAACAUCCACGUCCACAAGACCGUCAAGGGUGGCUCGGCAGGCAAGGGCACAGCCUUGCAGAACAACUCCGACGCCGACGUGGUGCUCUUCCUCAGCUGCUUCUCCAGCUAUCAGAAGCAGAAGCAGGAAAGAAGCAGUAUCCUACGUUUGAUCGAGAAGAGGCUGCACGCCUGCAGGCAGAGCCUGACAUUCACCGUGAACAUCAACGAGCCAAAGUACAAGGGUCCCAGCAACAUGCCACGCUCCCUCAGCUUCACCCUCUGCUCCAAGGAGACCUUGGAGUCCAUCGAGGUGGACAUCCUGCCCGCCUACGACGCCUUGGGGCAGGUGACGCGGGAUGUCCCACCAGAUGCGGGGGUGUACGUGGGGCUCCUGAAUGCCAGCAGUGGACCCGGGGAGUUCUCCCCGUGCUUCACCGAGCUGCAGAAGAAGUUUGUGAAGCGUUGCCCCCCCAAGCUGAAGAACCUCCUGCGACUGGUCAAGCACUGGUACAAGGAGAUGCUGAAGCCACGGUACCCCACCGCGGACCUGCCCCCCAAGUAUGCCCUGGAGCUGCUGACAAUCUACGCCUGGGAGGAGGGCACGGGCUCCUGCGUGUCCUUUGUCAUGGCCGAGGGCUUCCGUACGGUGUUGGAGCUGCUGUGCCGGUACCAGGAGAUCUGCAUCUACUGGGAGACGUACUACUCACUCCAGCACAGCCAGAUCGGUGCCCACGUGAAGGGGCUGCUGCGCAGUCCCCGCCCCAUCAUCCUGGACCCCGCCGACCCCACAGGGAUCCUGGGCCAAGGCAAGAAUUGGUACCUGGUGGCGCAGGAAGCUGCCCACCACCGUUCGCUGCCCUGCGUCAAUACCGCCCAGCCCUGGAACGUGCAGCCGGCCCGACCCGUGAGGAUUGAGGUGAAACAGCUGGCAGGCACCAGCCUGAGCAUGACCGUCAGCCCGAGCACCACCGUCUGGCAGCUGAAGGAGAAGAUCGAGCAGGAGUGGGGCAUCCCCCGGUACAGGCAGCGCCUGGCGCAGCAGGAGCCAGGCAGGAGCACCCUCAUCCUGCAGGACAACGAGACCCUGGCCACCCACGGCAUCUUCUACAGUACCACGCUGAUGCUGCUGCAGACUGAGCCCCAGGCGAUGGAGGUCUUCGUGAAGGACGACAAGAACCGGACCACCACCUACAUGGUGCAACCCACUGACACGGUCUGGCAGCUGAAGGAGCAGAUCCACGCCCGGCACGGGCCUCCUGCCAACCAGCAGCGCUUGACGUACGGCUCCAGGGAGCUGGAGAACCAGCACGUGCUGGCGCACUACAACAUCCAGCCCAGGAGCACAAUCUUCAUGCUCCUGCGGCUCCGGGGGGGCACGGGCCCCUGGCACCCCCAGUUCCCUGCUUGCUCGCCCUCCUAAGCAUCGCCCUCAGCACCAGCCUACGCGCCUGUAACCUGUCUCCCUGUCAUGCUGGAA